AAGAGUGUCAAAAUUGUCAAAAUGGCUGAGAUGCUUCAAAAUCUUUUCCAAGAAUACAAAAAGGCAGUCAGUCAAAACUCUGCUGCCAUCGCUCAGUUUGAAUCAGCUUUUCGAUUCGUGUCUUAUGCUAUUGCAGGCAGAUUUGAAGAUUCAUCACUUCUUUCGGAGCUUCUUUAUUCUGCAUCAAAUCUCCUUGUUCUGUUCAAUGAUGCAAUCAUUCAGAAGGCUUCAGGAAUCUUACCAUCAGUGACUGCCUCCCAGGAACGCUUGCAGAGUCUGGUGACUGUUCUUGAGUAUGUGGGCGUUUUCAUUGAGAUGGCUGCUCAUCGACUCUACGGUGACCUUGGUCGAUGGACAGCAAUUGCUGUGGUACAGCUGGCAAAGGCUGUUGCCAGAUUUUUGCUUCUGGUGCGACAUGGUGUGGGCAUCCAAACCGUGCCACCCCUGGCCCCAGUGGACCGUGAUGCUCUCCUAAAACAGGCAGGUGUGAGCCAGAAGAAAGAAGAGCCCAGUGAUGUAAUAUCUCAGCCUUUGAGCAUAAAUGGAACCUCUCCUUCUGUCAUCUUUACAUUGAAGAGGUCAGGGAAGGUUAUGAGGACACUAUCCACAGCACCACCUGUGAACAGACGAGACUGGAAACUCCCUGGCGAGACCGUUGAGACACCAGAGACUACACAAGAGAAGGAGAACCGUAAACCGACCUGUCUGUCUUCUGCACAAACCUAUGGCGAGUGCUUGUACAUCUUCAAACCUUUGGUUCACUUGUCCAGUCUGUACCUGUUUGGAACAUCAUCGUUCAAGCCAUGGAUUUUGUCAGCUGGCCUAGAUGUCAGUAGCCUAUGUCUGAUGGGGGACACGUCAAGUCUGAACAGUCAGGAGAAGAGGGAGCUGAAGCGGCGGUCACUGAUGUUGGUCAUGUAUCUGCUGCGCUCUCCCUUCUACGACCGCCAUUCAAAGGAGAAGUUGCUUCGUGUUCUGCGUGCCUUGUCUGACACCAUCCCUGGUCUCUCUCUUGUCAUGGUUCCUCUCAUGGAAUAUUUGCCAGUAUGGCAACAGAUUUACUUCUACACCUGGUCUUCAUAGAAUGCUACGUCGGAAUCCAGUGUUUUGUGGUUUACAGUGUUCUUCUUGCUCAGGUGUACGGAAAGGCUCUGUGUGAUGUUGUUGAGCACAUUGGCAUCUUUGUGGACUGGACCUGACUUUGUGAGGGAAAAGUUUUCAGUCACUUUGACUGAUAAUGACCUAUAACUGCCAUUGUAUACGUAUCCAUUCCAACUGUUCGUUUGUCAUGCCUUCCCUCUCGCUGGAGAUGCCA